UUUGUUUCUACAAAUUCAAAUCUUGUUAUUAUCUCCUCUAACAAAACCCACAACUCCCAUUAUCAAAUAAAUCGAUCCAAUUUUCCUUUUUGUUUUCUUUUCUAUAUUUAGUUUAAAUCAUUUUCAAGAUCUAGGGUUUCAAAAAUCUCUAAACAAUGGCUGAAAAUACAGAGAUGAUGAACGAUCUAGUAAAUGUUGAUCCUCUUCAUCUUAUUGAUGUUUGUUCUGAAGAUGAUUGCCUCAUCUCCACUCCUGGGUUUGGAGAAGAAAAUCAAAAUGAGGAUGAUUGUUUUGAUUUGUUUGUGGUUGGAGAUGCUGAGGAAAGGGGGGAUGGUAAGGAUGAUUGCUUUGAUUUGUCGGAGACUGGGGAUCCUAAUCCUAAUACAAGGGAUGAUGGAGAUGGCCAGGGACAAAUGGACCAGAAAGAAACAGGAGGAAGAUCUAGAAAAAAUGGCAAGUGUAAUUUGCGGAAAAGUUUGGCGUGGGAUAGUGCUUUUUUUACAAAUGAUGGUGUACUAGACGCUGAAGAGUUGUCUUUUAUAAGUAAUGGAAUGAGGAAGGCAGCACCAAGCACGCUACCGGGAAUCCAAGAAGAUGUGCGGAGGUCUGCAGAGUCAAGCUCGACGUUCAACUCUACGUUAGAUGGUGACAGUUUGACACGAGAAAGCUUUGAAGUUGAUUUCUUUGAAGAUGUAAGGGCGUCCAUUCAGAGGUCCAGUAAAUUGCCCAAUGUGGCUAAUGCAAACAGCAAAGUGAUACCAGGAGUGUCAGCUCCGAAGAAGGCAGAGCUUGCUGGUAGAAACAAGAUGAAACCUGUUGUUGCUUCCAAGAGGCAAAGUGUGAACACGAAGGAGGCUAUAGUUCGUCCACGAGUUACACAGCUUGCUGCAAGAAGUGGUGAGCCAACCUCAUCGUCUCUUAAACCGCCGAAGAUAGCAGGCAGGGCCAAUCCAAUCUCCGCAGCUCCAACGAAGAAGACUACAUUUGCUCCCAGCCGUGUCAAAAUUGAUAAUAACACUCAAAAAACUGCUUCAGUCACAGGUAAGGGACAAACUGCCGCUGUUCUUAAGAAGCCCAGUUUGCUGCGCUCAAGUGUUACUUCUAGGCUUGCGCCUAGCCCAAAAUCAUCUUCAGAUUCUCCCUCGACUACCAAAAUGAAGCCAUCAGCUUCUUGUUCUUCAUUUACCACAAGUGGUAGCACUUCCUCUGAUUCUACUGCAAAAUCCCCCUUAAAGUCUUUGAGAAGUAAACCCGAUUCCAAGAAUGUAGCUCCUGUCUCUAAGCCAACCCUCAAAAACCCCUUACGGAUCUCCUCAAAAGCUAGAACUGGUCCUGAAAAUUCUCGUCUCACAGCAUAUCUAAAUUCGAUUCCAAAGCCCAAGCUCCCUUCUAACAUAUCACCUUCCAGCUCAAUUGACGGCUGGUCUACUGAGUCCUCUUCAUCAACUUCUACUCUGACUUAUGGAUCAAAGGCAAAUGCUGGUAUCAGUACCCCCCACCGAGGAUCCACAAAUAUUGGUGUUAAUUCUCCCCGCGGAGGAUCAGCAAAUGCUGUUGGUAGUCGUCCUCGCGCAGGAUCUGCAAAUGUUAGUCAUACUACUCCUCGCAAGGGACCCACUAAUGUGGGUGUUCAUUCUCCUCGCAAAAUAUCUUCUCUGCGUAGAGAGAGCCAUGCUUCCCAAGCAUCAAAUGUGGAAAUUCCCCCACCUUCUGAUAAAUCCUCUCUGAAUCAAGGCACCAAGAAAGCUUCUGCGGUAUCUGCUUUAGUUUCAAAUACAGCAUCAGCAAAUGGCUCCAAAGCCUGUAAACCGUCAGGCCUCCGAAUGCCAUCACCAAAAAUUGGAUUUUUUGAUGCGGAAAAAUCUUUACUAAGUACUCCACUGGGUGGUUCACAAUCUCGUUCUAGCGCACGAAAUGGUCUUACUGGGUCUGGAGAAUCUCGACCUGUUACCCCCAGUGAGGAACUUGUCAAUACGAAGGUUAAUAAGCUUCAAGAGGGAAGGAGUGUAAAGCCAGCAGGUAGCAUUAAGUUAGAUUCUGUAGUACCUUCUGCUUCAAGCAAAAAGUAUGCAUCUUCGGAACAACUCCAAGAAUUAUCUCUUGAUUCGCCCAAGUUACCGGAUGCUUCUGCAAAACUACAGGAUAAUUGUGAUACAGCUUUAGAAGUUCAGAAGCACCCAUCUUCAGGAACCCUCCAAACAGAACAUUGUAAAUCUUUGGAUGUUGGAGAAUUGCCAAACAUCAUCCCUGUUGAUCAGGGUUCUGUUGCAAAUGAAGAGAAGAUGGAUAUUCAACAUUCUUCUAAGAAUAGCACUGGUGUUGUAAGUGAUGUUAUUGUUCCUUCUGGAGAAGGAGAAACUCUGGUAUCUGAGGAAAGCUUUGUUGGUAGCAUGACCCCUUCUAAGACAUCAGGUGAAAUGCCUCUGGAUGAGCAAGGGCAUCCUAGAGAUAGCUCGGAUUUACUACAAAAGAACAAUGAAAAGGAAAAUUUAUCUUGUACUGAUGAUCAAGUUGAUGGUUUGGUUAAACAAGUAGCAGCAGUGGAUCUGAACAUGGAAGUUAUCGAGGAGCCAAUAGGAAAGAAAGACACCCAUAACGAACAUGAUCUUGGUGAUGCAGUGGUAGUAUCUUCUAAUACCUGCACUCUUCUUGACCAUGAUCAGGAGGAGCUUGAAAAGAUUUCAGCAAAGCUUAAUCAUCUCUGUCUUUCCCCAAACACCGUGGAAAUUCUAUAUAGCACAAGAGCUCCUUUGGCAGACAAUAUUUCUUUAUGCAAUAAGAGUGAGCCCUUUGAGUCAGAAUCAGAAUCUACGGUGGAUGCAUCACAGUCAAUUGCUGUUGCCUUGGACACACAGAACUAGAACAGCUAAACUAUUGCAGUUUGCAAGUAGUUCUGAUGAUAAGGCUAGCUGGAAAGGAACUCGAAAGGUAGCCUAAGUUCUUGAAACACGGUAUGCUCAGGUUUGUGAAGAUGCUUCCCACCAAAUCCAUGGUGGUGGAGAAUCUUCUCAUGUCCCCGCCACUUGGGCGUUUUGCUGGGAGGGAUGAGGCAAACUGUGCUACAGUUGGAGUUAUCAAGAGCGUUGAAGUGGACAUGUAACUCAGUCUAAACACUAAACUGAGGUGGUGGUAAAAAAAUUGUUUGAAGAAGCUCUAAGCACUGCAGCAAAAGAAAAGUGGACAUGUAACUCAAUUCCUCAGUUUGGUAUUUCAAAUUGCUGGAAAGAAAAGUGGACAUGUAGCUCGAUUCCUCCUGAGUUAGAUAUUUCAAAUUGCUGGAA